AUGUCGAGAGCAGCUCUGUUGGCUCAGCUCCAAGUGAUGACACUUGUGCCCCCGACCACUAUCAUAUGCAGUACUCUUUUGAGAGAGUUCCACGGCUAAGCACAAAGUUCAAAAUGACAGUGUAAAGGAGACUCAGUUGAUGAGAAGAUAUAAAGCGAACACGUGUAAUAGUGAUAUCAUGCAGCUACAGUAAUCCGGGAAGGGCUCCUUUUGUCAACUGAUUGUGCGAGACGCUGCUUCGUGUUCGUAUUUGUUCGUGAAACAGUAUUAGAGCUUUGUCAGUGAGUGACAACAGAAAACAAAACAAACAUUGUGUGCGGCCAGUCAGUCGGCCAUCGUUACCUGUACGAAUUCUUCCAUUUAUCAGCCAGUUUCCGCUUGAGAAGUGACAAUUAUUACUCACUGAAACCUAAUAGAAAACCAAGAUGAAUAGGAAUAAUCACAUGAAUCAUGCUGUGACUGAAUAGAGUGAAAGAAAUAUGCAAUAUGAAUGCGUGAUCAAGCAGCUGUGAAUUCUCCAAGUUCCGGAAAAUCGAUGAUUCUGAACCGAAUAUCAAUGUUGGCGGGCGCUCCGGUCGGCAACUUGUUGAACCUGCAAAAUAAGGGGAACGAGGGACGGCAUGCUAUCAUAAACAACUCGAAGACCGCCGCCAGACACCACCCAGUGUUAUUUGAACUGGCGGGCGUUGAGAAAACGAUAAGAAAACGACUGGUGACGUCACCUCCGAAGUGCGCGUGAAAUGUGGUACAUCGGCGUACGCAGGCGACCGUCCACGGUGUUUGCACACAUUUUGCAACAACGAGCACCCUAGUUGCUCAGAAGACUCACCUAGCGUUUGUGGAGGCCCGGUGGACACCCGCCGGUUUUGGAAGCAUCGUAUUGCACCUUGUUUAGCAGAAAGUGGCAUUUGCUGAAUUUUGACAAAGAUUUCAGCAAAAAUCAAGGUAUCCGGAGCUCCGGUGACAGUUCCACGCUAUUUUCAAACAGAAGAUUGUGAAGAAGCCGAAUAAAUUUUAUAGGAAUUUUGAAAAAGUAAUCUUGUAUUUCUUUUACUUAUUUUUACGUUCUCUGGCUGUUUCACAUUAAUUAUCCCUUGAUUUUUAUUGAAAUCUGUCAAAAUCCAACAAAUGCCACUUUCUGCUAAACAAGUACAAUGCUUCAAAAACCGGCGGGUGUCCGCCGGGCGUUCACAAACUCUAGCUGAGGAAAAUUUCAACAGAAUAAUUCCGAUUGUCUAAUACAAUUCUUUUAAACAAGGCAUUUUGAUUCUUACAGGGCACAAACUGGCGUCGAGUGCUCAAGAAAAGUUGGAGUCGUUGAAGGCGGCUCGGAGAAGUUCGUCGGGAGUCUCGACGUCUUCUAUUCUUUCCCUUUCUUCUACUGCUCUCUCACAAGCAAUCAGUUCAAUUGAUAACGGAAAGAGCGCAGUAGUAGUGGACAUUGGAUCCAAACUGACGAAGUGAGUAGACCUUUCCAUCAGCCGUAUUCAUGUUUGAAUUACUCAGAAUCGGAUGUGCGGGAGAACACAAUCCUCGACAUGUUAUUCGGACAGAGUUUUUGGAUGAGAACGGUCAAUUGGUGACUGCGGACGAGAUUCUGGCCUUGAACAACAUGAAAACUGUGUCGAAGCCGGUAGAAUACUACGAGGACCUGCUUCUCAAGUUUUUGAGAAAAAUAUUUUUAAAGUAAACUUAUUCCACAAAGAUUGUUUUUCAUUCCCAAAUUUUCCAGAGUGCUGGCUCCUGCAGACCGCCCGGUUAUCGUAGUUGAAAGUCUGUUCAUGUCUGUUGAACUCCGGAACGCCAUAUCCAAGGUGGUUGUCGAGAAGCUUCGCUGCAAGUCACUCAUGUUCAUGCCUUCGCACGUCUGCGCCACGUUCCCAUUCAAUACUCAAAACGCCCUUGUCGUGGAUAUCGCACACUCUGAAUGCUUGGCUAUGCCUGUAAAACUUCAAUUUCCUUCAUAAACUUAUUCCCUUUCAUGCAGAUAAUCGAAGGAGUGACAAUGCUGAAUGAGUUCGAAUCGGCACGUUCGAUCUGUGGUAAACAGCUUGAACGAAGAGUCCGCGAGCUGCUGAAGAAGUACGGACAAGUUGAAGAGCCAAAUUCAGAAAGGAGAGCUAUUUCUGAUGAGGACUGGACGGAUAUUGAUGUAAGCCAUUCAGGAAAAACGUUAAACAGAGUAGUCAAAGUAUUGCAGAAUAUGAACUUGGUCGAAACGAUCAGUAUUUCAUUGAUUUGCACUGACAAAGAAAGGUCAGAGAAGUGGAAAGAAUGGGAGAACGCACAAGGAGAGAAACCGAAGAUAGAACCGAUUUCCAAAGAAUCGCUCGUUCAUGUCGAGAAGAAAUGCAUCGUUGUGCCACCGGUUAUAUUGUAAGAAUAGCCUGAAAAUAAGAAAAUGUUUGAAGGUGUGAAAUUUUACAGUGAAACUAGUAUUGAAAUCUUCUUCGAUGAGCAACUAAAUCCGGAUUCAUUCGAUGUGAGCCUUCCGAAACUGCUCUAUAAACUUGUCUCAAAAGUGAGAUUAUACGAGAGGAUUCCGUUGCUAACUCGUUCUUUUAGUGUCCCAUUGACCUCCGCAAGAAACUCUUCCCGAAUACUCUUUUGGUCGGCGGAGUUGCCACUAUCCCUGGACUUCUGAAACGAUUAGAGGUAUGUCUUAUCACCCUAACCGCAUUCACUUACAUUUUAAGCAAGAAAUCGCGUUAAUCGAUGAGAAAAAUCAAACGAAGCUUGCGGAAGAAGUAAAAUUUUAUCGGUUCGCCGACUUGAAAAACUCACCCCUGUUCAUUGCAUGGCUCGGAGGUAAUUCAGGAGAAGUGUUCGGUCUUUAAUCAUCUCAUUGCAGCCAGUCUUCUCGGUUCACUUCGGGAGACAAUCGAACGAAAGAGUCUUACCCUCGAGGACUGGAGAACAGGAAAAUUGGCUUCCGACUGGACAGACAUAAUUGUGAAAUCUCGCUAG